AACCAUGAAUAUACAAAACCCUUUUUAGACUUUUUCUUCAUUUUUUUGUAAACCCAGAAAAAGUCUCAGCUUCAAUAAUUCCAAUCAACAUCAGUCACCCAAUUCUCUUUAAUAACGAAUUUUUCUUCAAUUCUGUACCAAGGGUUUUUCUGAGAUAUUAAUUGUGUGAUUUUGGUGGUCUAAUUAUGGCCGAUCAAGAAGGGGGUGAUUUGGUGAGUCAACUCGUUGACUUGGUCAGGAAAUUUUCAGGUUUACCCGAGUGCAGAAACGCUGUAAGAGUUAUGUACGGGAAUCUGGUGAGGAGAGUGAAGCUUUUGAGCCCUUUGUUUGAGGAAUUGAAAGAUAGUGGUGAACAACUCGAUGAUGAUGAUGUUCAAGGGUUGCGGUCUUUGAAAACUGCUUUGAAUUUGGCUCUGCAGCUUCUCAAAUCAGUCAAUGAAGGAAGUAAAACCUUUCAGGCACUGCAAAUUGAUAGAACCUGCGACAAGUUUCGUGUAAUAACGACACAAAUUGAAGAAGCAUUGUGCAAAAUUCAAUAUGAUAGACUCGAUAUACCUGAGGAAGUUCUAGAACAGAUAAUACUUGUGCAUCAACAAUUUAAACGAGCGGUACAAACAGAAUCUCCUGAUUUACAGCUUCAGACGGAUUUGGCGAUUGUGAAAAAGGGAAAGGAACCAGACUUAGAAACGGUUAAAAGACUUUCAGAAAAACUGCACCUUACGACUAUCAAUGAUCUAAGGAGUGAGUCGGUUGCCAUUCAUGAUUUGGUCAUAUCAACCGUUGGAGAUCAUGAAAAUUUCUUAGAGACUGCGUCAUUCCUUCUUAAGAAGAUAAACGAUUACGUGAUGCAAGUAAAUCCCGCACAUGAUAGCCCCGAUCGUGAAAAGAGGUUCACGCGGCAUCGAUCUCCGGUUAUUCCCGAUGAUUUUCGGUGCCCGAUAUCGCUUGAAUUGAUGAAAGAUCCCGUGAUUGUAUCUACCGGGCAGACAUAUGAACGGUCUUGUAUUCAAAAAUGGCUAGAUGCCGGACACAAAACCUGCCCAAAAACUCAGCAGACUUUACUACACACAGCGUUAACGCCCAACUACGUCUUGAAAAGUCUAAUCGCUUUGUGGUGUGAUAGUAACGGCAUCGAGCUGCCAAAAUCGCAAGGAAAUUCCAAAAACAUGAAAGCCGGAAGAACCGGUUCUGAAUGCGACCAAUCUGCAAUUGCCUUAUUACUCGAAAAACUCGCAAACGGGAACUCAGACGAGCAACGAGCAGCUGCUGGUGAGCUUCGAUUACUAGCAAAAAGGAACACAGAUAAUCGAAUAUGCAUUGCAGACGCCGGUGCCAUUCCGCUCUUAGUCGAAUUACUAUCUUCCGGUGAUAGCCGAACUCAAGAGCAUGCCGUCACCGCACUUUUGAACUUAUCGAUAAACGAAGCGAAUAAAGGCAUUAUCGUGAGCGUUGGAGCCAUACCCGAUAUCGUAGAUGUCUUGAAAAAUGGAAGCAUGGAGGCUCGAGAAAAUGCGGCCGCCACCCUUUUCAGCUUGUCGGUGGUGGACGAAAACAAAGUGGCGAUCGGUGCUGCCGGUGCCAUACUGCCACUGAUCGAUUUGCUACAAGAAGGUACACCAAGAGGGAAAAAGGACGCGGCCACCGCCAUCUUUAACCUUUGUAUUUAUCAAGGGAACAAGGUUCGAGCGGUUCGUGCAGGAAUCGUGGGUCCAUUGAUGAGAUUGGUUAAAGAUGCUAGUGACGGAAUGAUGGACGAGGCUUUAGCGAUUCUGGCGAUAAUUGCGAGCCACCAUGAAGGGAAGGCGGCAAUCGGCAGAGCGGAGCCGAUUCCGAUUUUGAUCGAUGUGGUGGGGACGGGAUCGGCACGGAAUCGGGAGAACGGAGUGUCGAUUUUGUGGUGUGUGUGUGCGGGUGACAUGGAGUGUUUGCAGAUGAUGAAGGAGUUUGGAGCAGAGGAGGUGUUGAAGGAAUUGGCGGAGAAUGGAACGGAUAGAGCCAAGAGGAAAGCUGUAAGCGUGUUGGAACUUCUGCACCGAGUCGAACCAGUGGUUAACCUAUAAAACUCGCUCACUCGCUCACUCACUCAUAUUUACAUACACGUAUAUAUAUUACUUACAUACGAUAGAUAGGGGCAGGUUUAAAUGAGAUUGUAUUACUGGGAUCAACUAUUUCAUGAAUUAUUCAUAAUAAAUAUUACUUGCACAAAUUAUCAUGCAUAUUUGUUAUUUAUGAUAUUCAUAAUGAAUAGUGGUUUAAC